CUUACAUUCAAUUAACGGUAUCAUUCAUUAAAAAUUAAUUUAUGAUUACGAUAGUUUCUAAUGACAAUAAUUGAAUCAUAAAUACUAAAUAUAAAUAAAAAAUAAAGAGUAACGUAAGUGGAACAGAUGCUCUGUUUCUAUACUCUUCGGGAUUUAUUUUCUCACUUUAACCUGUUAUCUGAUAAGAUAAGAAAGGGCUUGGUUCAUUGUAGAAGUUAUUAUCAUCUCCGUUGAUUCAUUUCAGUUAACCGGUAACUAAAGAUCAAGACACUUGGCUAAAAAUUUUCAAUUUACAUUACAUUUAAUAAUUAAUAAUUACAUUUAAAUAUCACCAUGGUUUCUGUAGUGUCAGUUGGCAGUAUCAUUAUAAAAGUGCUUAAAUUGGCAAUGAACUUAAUUAUUCUCAUCUUGUAUCGAACGGGAUACGGAGGAGAGUUUCUAGGUGUGGGUGGAACGUGGAACCUAAACGAGGACAAGAGCCCCGACGCAGAAAUCGUUGCUUCCGGUGUCUUUGUUGGUUUUUUCAUUUACACCAGCGUUGUAUUGAUGACUUAUUGUUUUGGUAGUACGGAGCAUAAAAAAAGUCUUGUUGAAAUAAUUAUGAAUAUCGUAGGAAUGUUCAUGUUCCUUGCCGUAGGAGGAACAGCUCUACAUUAUUGGCACGGUUAUCAAUCGGAACAUAAGUAUAUCCAUGUCGCAACAGAGAGACAGAUUGGUCUAGCCGUGGGCUCGCUUUGUGUUUUGGAAGGAGCAGCGUAUCUACUCGAUACUUUAUUGAGUUUCUACGAAUUCGCUCAGAGUGAAUAUAAUUAAGAUUAAUCAGUUAAUAUAGUCUACAGAUUAUUACUAUUAUUCUUUUUUUUGUAUUUAUAAUUUUCAUUUCAUGGUACAAAAGACCCAUUAAAAUGUAAAAUUAUUAUUAUUAACUGAAAGUAUGACAAAUUUUUGUACUGAUAAAUAAGAGUAGUAAUUAUUUAUAUAAAUUUUGUAAGCAAAUAAUGUAAAAAAUUUUUUCU